AUGGUUGAGACACUUAACCAUCUCGGUGACCUACACAAGGGAUAUGAAAAUGAGGACCUGAGGUCAAAGGUCCAUCUCCUGGAGACAUCCCUGCAGCAGAAGCUCGAGCAGUUAUUACGGCUGGAGACACAAAUGAGCAACAUGCAGUGGAGGAACGAGGGGGAGGCGAGGCAGCUGGUGGAGAGAGUGCGAGGACUUCAACUCGAGCUUGAACAAUAUCGAGAACGGCCAGCGGAGAUACAGUACGUCACCCAGCGAGUGGAGGUAGAUUCUCCAGGGACACUGAAAUCACUCCAGGAUUGUGAGCAGAGAAACCGGCAGCUCCUGGAUCAGCUCUCAGUACAAGGGGAGCAGUUCAGCAAACUGGAGCAACAACUGAGGGGCUCUCAGGAGAACAGCUUGGAACUCAAAUACAAGAUUCUGGUGUACGAGGCUGAGAUUCAGAAACUCCGCGAGGAGCUCCUUCAGAAGAUCAGUCACCUGGAGGCAAGCAAGGAUGAAGCUGUCAAAGAGGCGUCCGAAUGUUCCGAGGAUCACCUGGAGGAGCUCCGACAGCAGUUCACAGGAAUGCAGCAGAACCUGAGCACAUUGAAACCGGUGCUGAAGACGAUGAAAGUGAAUUACUGCAGCCUGCGGAGUCAGGUCAAAAACUUCUCCCAGAUUUACGAAUCUGCUCUGACUGAGGCUCGGAAACAGAUCCAGUCGGCGAUAACCGAGGUAUCGGAAUCAAACCGAAAUCUGAUGGAAAAAUACGAGAGGGAAAUGCUCCUGAGGAAGAAAUACCAUAACCAGCUGGUGGAGCUCCGAGGUAAUAUCCGGGUGUUGUGUAGAGUAAGACCGGUCACUGAGUGUAACCAGACUGAGGGCAGUGGUACAGCCGUGGUAUUCGAAGAGAUCGAGCCCCUCAUUACCUCCUGCAUCGACGGGUACAACAUCUGUAUUUUUGCCUACGGACAAACGGGAUCUGGAAAGACUUACACCAUGGAGGGAGUGGCCGAGGACCCCGGCAUUAACCAGCGGGCACUGAGGGCCCUCUUCAGGGAGACGAAGGAAAGAGGUGAAUCCUGGACGUACACCAUCUCUCUCAGCAUGGUGGAGAUCUACAACGAACAACUGAGUCAUCAGGACACAGGCAAGGGUCCAAUUACCAAUAUAAGGUCAAAACAACAAUUUAUAAGCGAAAAUGAGGACCUGAGGUCAAAGGUCCAUCUCCUGGAGACAUCCCUGCAGCAGAAGCUCGAGCAGUUAUUACGGCUGGAGACACAAAUGAGCAACAUGCAGUGGAGGAACGGGGAGGCGAGGCAGCUGGUGGAGAGAGUGCGAGGACUUCAACUCGAGCUUGAACAAUAUCGAGAACGGCCAGCGGAGAUACAGUACGUCACCCAGCGAGUGGAGGUAGAUUCUCCAGGGACACUGAAAUCACUCCAGGAUUGUGAGCAGAGAAACCGGCAGCUCCUGGAUCAGCUCUCAGUACAAGGGGAGCUUCAGCAAACUGAGCAACAACUGAGGGGCUCUCAGGAGAACAGCUUGGAACUCAAAUACAAGAUUCUGGUGUACGAGGCUGAGAUUCAGAAACUCCGCGAGGAGCUCCUUCAGAAGAUCAGUCACCUGGAGGCAAGCAAGGAUGAAGCUGUCAAAGAGGCGUCCGAAUGUUCCGAGGAUCACCUGGAGGAGCUCCGACAGCAGUUCACAGGAAUGCAGCAGAACCUGAGCACAUUGAAACCGGUGCUGAAGACGAUGAAAGUGAAUUACUGCAGCCUGCGGAGUCAGGUCAAAAACUUCUCCCAGAUUUACGAAUCUGCUCUGACUGAGGCUCGGAAACAGAUCCAGUCGGCGAUAACCGAGGUAUCGGAAUCAAACCGAAAUCUGAUGGAAAAAUACGAGAGGGAAAUGCUCCUGAGGAAGAAAUACCAUAACCAGCUGGUGGAGCUCCGAGGUAAUAUCCGGGUGUUGUGUAGAGUAAGACCGGUCACUGAGUGUAACCAGACUGAGGGCAGUGGUACAGCCGUGGUGAGCACUGACCCAACCGUGGACUGCAGGGUCAGGAUGAUGUAUAAAGGCAAAACGAGAACCUUUGAACUGGACAAGGUGUUUUCAUCACAGGCUACACAAGAGGAGGUAUUCGAAGAGAUCGAGCCCCUCAUUACCUCCUGCAUCGACGGGUACAACAUCUGUAUUUUUGCCUACGGACAAACGGGAUCUGGAAAGACUUACACCAUGGAGGGAGUGGCCGAGGACCCCGGCAUUAACCAGCGGGCACUGAGGGCCCUCUUCAGGGAGACGAAGGAAAGAGGUGAAUCCUGGACGUACACCAUCUCUCUCAGCAUGGUGGAGAUCUACAACGAACAACUGAGGGAUCUCCUCGGGAAAGACCCUCAUGAAAAGUUGGAAAUCAAGCUGAAGCCAGACGGCAGUGGACACCUCCAUGUCCCUGGCCUGAAGCAUGUGGAGGUCAAACGUUACGAAGAGAUUGGAAAGGUCCUGACAUUGGGCCGGAGAAACCGGGUUACCCAGAGCACCAACAUGAACCAGCACAGCUCCCGCUCGCACGCCCUGCUGACCAUCACUGUCACAGGAACGGACAACAGGACCAACACCAAGACAGCAGGGAAGCUGAACCUGGUGGAUUUGGCCGGCUCGGAGCGAGUCUGGAAAUCAGGAGCGGAAGGUGAGAGGUUGAAGGAGGCUCAGAAUAUCAACAAAUCCCUGCUGGCACUCGGGGAUGUCAUCCAGGCUCUGAGAGCCAAACAGAACCACAUCCCAUUCCGGAAUUCCAAGCUCACCUACCUGCUCCAGGAUUCACUGGGAAAGGGCAACAAAACUGUCAUGGUGGUCCAGGUGUCUCCGCUGUUAACGGAUUUGGGAGAGUCCAUGUGUUCGCUGAAAUUCGCUCACAGAGUUUGCAAAGUGGAGCAGGGGCCGGCCAGUCAAUGUCUGCUACCUCUAGGAACUGAUCCUUCACCUUGA